CCCCUCCCCGCGACGGGCGCGCUCGACAGUGACGUAGUUAACCGGCGGCGCCCAACAGCCGCAGCGCUGGCGCCGCUCGUGUCUGCCCCCAGCCAUGUUCCCUUCGGCUCCCGCCUCGCCGCGGACCCCCGGCGGGUCGGCCCGCAGGAACCUCGGCAGCGCCGCCGCCGCCAGCCCCCUCUCCCGGCCGGGCGGCAGGAGGAACCUGGCCGUAGUGGCGGCAGCCAGCUCCCCGGGGCUGUUUUCCCCGGUGGGGCGGAGGAGCGGCUCCCUCUCCGCGCGAGCAACUCCUACCAGAGUUAUACAGCAUCCUUCAGCAAGUGACACUAUUAACUAUGAUGUAAAGGCUUUUGGAUCCUCUCUCCCUGUUAAAGUUAUGGAAGCCCUAAAAAAGGCUGAUGCUGAUGACCAGUUGAGUGUUCAAGUGGAUGAAAGUGGAUGGGCCUGGCUGGUCCAUAAAGAGAGGCUGAUUAUCUGGAAGAUUGGUCAGUCUCCAGUUGCUAAGUUAUCUCUGUGCAAGGAGCUGCAGUUGCCACCCAGUGACUUCCAGUGGAGUUGUAGUUUAGCAGCUGUAUCUUUCCUCAGUUCCUCAGGUGAAGCACCUUCUCUACAGUCUCUGGCAAUAAUGGUUGCUACCAGUGAAGGUACUAUACGCUACUGGCCCAAUCUUGUGCAUGAAGGUUCCUACACGGAGACUUUUAUAGACUUUGGAGGCUCUCUGUGCAGUUUCCUAACAGCAGUAAAGGGAGGAAGCUUUAUUUUAUCUUCUUUCAGAGGCCAGCUAGUUCGACUGAUACCAGAUAGUUCUGGCAAGAUUUAUCAGCAUGCCUUACCACAGGGUCAGGGCAUGUUUUCUGGAAUUGGUCGAAAAGUUUCUUCCCUUCUGGGUAUUUUGUCUCCUGGCAAUGAUGCUGCGAUUUCUAGUGUCCUUUGGGAUAAAGAAAGGUCAAGCUUUUAUAUGCUAACAAGUUCAAACCUAAACAAGUGGGAGAUUGAUGAUUCAUCAGAACGUUAUAUUUUCAGCUGGGAUAUCAACAGAAUCCUUAAGGAACAUAUUACAGAUGCAAUUUGGGGUUCUGAGAGUAACUAUGAAGACAUUAAAGGAGGAGUCAAUAUACAAUACAUGGAUUUGCAGCAAAAUCGUGAUGGACUGGUGAUACUUGCUGCAGCAUGGCAUCCUGGAGAUCGCCCGUGUCUUGUGUAUUACACUCUGAUAACAGUAGAAGAUAAAGGCUUCCAGAUGUCUGAUGAUGUUGUUGUGGAGGUCACACAGUAUAAUCCAUCUUUUCAGUCAGAAGAGGAACUGACAUGCUGUUUGGUAGUCCCAGACUACUUUAGCCAUGCUGCUUACCUUUAUAAGGAAGAUGAAGUGUUUGCUUGCUCCACUGGAACUGGAAGAAUUUCUUUACCACAGGAGAAAAUCAUACUUGGCAUACAAGGAGACAGCAUUUUAGGAGCAGGUUCUUGUACUGGCCUUCCCAUCUUCUUUGUCAAAAAAAGUGGGCUUAUCACCAUCUUGUCUAGGGAAAAUGUUUCUGUGCUUCCAGAAGACCUUGAAGAUUCCCUCUCCUCUUCUGUUGCUGGACCAAACAGUGAGAGUCCUGCAUUUGAUGCAAACAAUAGGAUAGAAAUUACAGCCCAAGAAGAUAAGACUAAAUUAUUGAAAGCUGCUUUUCUACAGUACUGCAGGAAAGAUAUUGUCAAUGCACAGAGCAUGGUAGUUGAGCUCUUUCCAAGUAAUGCAGAUCUGGAUUCUGAUACUGAACUGGAUAGAGCAGUGACUCAGAUCAGUGUGGACUUAAUGGAUGACUACCCUGCCUCUGAUCCAAGAUGGGCUGAAUCUGUACCUGAAGGUAAAGAUGAAGAAGCAGCUGGUUUCAGCAACACGUCCCUCAUUCUUCUUCAUCAGCUAGAGGACAAGACAAAAGCCCAUUCAUUCUUCAUUGAUUUUCUCCAUCAGGUUGGUGUAUUUGAACGUCUGGGCAGUUUUCCGGUACGAGGGAUGCCAAUGGCAACUCGAUUGUUGCUCUGUGAGCAUGCAGAAAAACUAGCAGCAGCUAUUGUUCUCAAGAAUCAUCACUCUAGGCUGCCAGAUUUAGUGAACGCUGCUAUACUGAUGGCUUUAAACAAAAGAGUGUGUGACAUUCCACCAAAUCUUACCCCUGCAGAUGUUUUCUUUCGAGAGGUGUCCCAGAUAGAUUCCAUCUUUGAAUGCUUACUAGAAGAGGAGGAACAAACCUUGAAAGAAAUGCCCGUUGAAUCAAUUGAGUGGGCCCAGAUAGUUAUCAAUGUGAACAACAUCAUUAAGGACAUGCUACAAGCUGCUAGCCAGUAUCGUCAAUCUAGAGCCUCUUUAUAUAAAACAGGAGAGCUCCCAGAAAGAGAACCUGAAUAUGUUCCAUGGACAGCUUCUAGUGGUCCUGCUGGUAUACGUACAGCAAUAACACGUCAGCAUGGAAUCAUUCUGAAGGUGGUGUAUCCUCAGGUGGACAGUAACCUCCGCAGCAUUGUGGCUGAACAGCUGGUGGCACUGCUAGAUUGUUUUCUAGAUGGCUAUGUUUCUCAGCUUAAAUCUGUUGACCGACCUGCUGAUCAAGAGAGAUACAGUAAUCUGGAAAUGGAGUAUGUGCAGAAAAGAUCAGAACUCUUGUCUCCUCUCCUUUCCCUGGGACAGUAUCAGAUGGCAGCUGCUUUAGCAGAGAAGUACUGUGACUUUGAUAUCCUGGUGCAAAUGUGUGAGCAGACAGAAAAUCAGGCUAGAUUACAACGUUAUAUGAGUCAGUUUGCGGACCAGAAUUUUUCAGAUUUCCUGUUUCGCUGGUAUUUAGAAAAAGGAAAGCGUGGGAAGCUGUUAUCUCAACCUAUUGCUCAACAUGGACAGCUGGCCAGUUUUUUGCAGGCCCAUGAGCAUCUGAGCUGGUUACAUGAAAUCAAUAGCCAGGAUUUGCAAAAGGCUCACAGAACAUUGCAGACAUUAGCAAAUAUGGAGACCCGAUACUUUGCAAAGAAGAAAACGCUUCUUGGCUUGAGCAAAUUAGCUGCACUGGCAUCUGACUUCUCGGAAGACAUACUGCAAGAAAAAAUAGAAGAAAUAUCAGAACAGGAGCGUUUUCUGUUGCAUCAGGAGACCCUUCCUGAACAAUUACUGGUAGAGAAACAGCUGAACCUUAAUGAUAUGCCAGUGUUGUCUGCACCUCAGCUCAUUGAUAUGUACAUAUGUGAUGAGAACAGAAGGGCCAACGAGUAUGACUUCAAGAAAGCACUUGAUCUACUGGAAUAUAUUGAUGAGGAUGAGGAAGUGGAUGUAAACGAUCUUAAACUAAAAAUUGUCUGCAAGGCUCUCCAAAGAGAUGGGUGGUCCAAUUCAGAAGGUAAAGAUGAUCCAAUUGAAGCAUCUAAAGAUAGUAUAUUUGUGAAAAUAUUACAAAAACUCUUGAAAGAAGGAGUUCAGUUAAGUGAAUAUUUGCCAGAAGUGAAGGACUUGCUGCAAGCGGAUGAACUUGGCAACUUGAAAUCGAAUCCUUACUUCGAAUUUGUGUUAAAGGCAAACUAUGAACUCUACGUUCAGGGACAAGCAUGAUGAAUCUCACUAUUCUUUUUUUAAAUAUUUUUUUCUAAAGGAUUGUAAAAUUCAUGUAUACUUUUUAAAAUUCUGUUCUUAUUUUGUUAAAACUUUGCAAUAAAGUUUAUAUAUAGUAA